AUGAGCUCGUUGUGCUUACGGAUGCGACGAGCGACCGGCCGCCGCGGGUUCCACGCGGGCGUCGUGGCAGCGCUCCCCGAGAUCCCGUUCAAACUGGCCGACAUUGGCGAAGGCAUCGCCGAAGUGGAAGUGCUGCAGUGGUUUGUCAAGCGGGGGGACGAGGUGAAGCAGUUCCAGAACGUCUGUGAGGUGCAGAGCGACAAGGCGACAGUGGAGAUCACAAGUCGCUAUGACGGCGUCGUUGCAAAAGUCCAUUACGAAGUGGGCGACAUGGCCAAGGUGGGCUCUACGCUCGUGGACAUUGACGUGGACGACGCUACAGCUGCCAAGCAAGCAGGUGGCAAGAAGAAGAAGGUCCUGUCGGGGGCUCCUGUUCCCCGUGCGGCGCCUGCUCCAGUAGUAGAUUCUACUGUUUCGGCUGCUGCUACUACUGUCGCUCCUUCAGAAGCCUUGGUGGAGAUGACGGCGGUGCCAGUACUAUCGGGGAGCUCUGUUGUCCCUCGUGGAGGUCAAAGCAACGAGAAGUUGCUGACGUCGCCAUCCGUGCGUCGGCUGGCUAUGGAGCACAGUAUUGACUUGCACGACGUGGAUGGCACGGGACCAGAAGGUCGUAUCCUCAAGGGAGAUUUACUGGACUACAUUCGAUUGCAGGCAACGCAGUCUCAAGGAGCUGAGACGCUGGCCUACGAGCCAGACGCUGCUGUACCGUCGCCUAUAGAGGACGGAGGACGUGCAACGUACAUGCAACAAGACACGGUCGUGCCACUGUCAAUGAUGCAGAAAAUGAUGACCAAGUCAAUGAACGCAGCACUGCGGAUCCCUCACUUUGGAUACGGGGACGAGGUUCAGAUGGACGCGCUGUAUGAGUUGCGGAAAGAGUUGAAUCCGCUUGCCGAGUUGCGCGGCGUAAAGCUUUCGUUUAUGCCUUUCAUUAUCAAGGCUGCGUCGUUGGCGUUGAAGCAGUAUCCGAUACUGAACUCGUCUGUGAACGAAAGCGAGACGGAGCUCACGCUGAUCGCUUCGCACAAUAUAUCGGUCGCUAUGGACACGCCGACGGGUCUAAUUGUACCGAAUGUCAAAAACGUUCAGAUGAAAAGUAUCAUAGAGAUAGGCGAAGAUCUCAAUCGUCUACAACGGCUUGCUGUCGCGGGCAAGCUGACACCUACCGAUCUAUGCGGGGGUACAUUCUCAAUUUCCAACAUCGGCAGCAUUGGCGGCACGUAUAUGAGUCCCGUCCUCAUGGUUCCUCAGGUGGCAAUAGGAGCUGUUGGCCGGAUCCAGCAGCUUCCUCGUUAUGACGAAGAGGGAGAAGUUCGACCUAUGCGCGUGAUGAAUGUGUCUUGGAGCGGCGAUCACCGCGUGAUUGACGGAGCAACGAUGGCACGCUUUUCGAAUGAGUGGAAGGGGUACUUAGAAACGCCAGUAAGUAUGCUCACAGAAAUGAGUUGA